CGGAUCGCGCCUGCCCCUCGGGAAGCUCCUCCAGGCUCCCGGCCCCACGCCCGAGGCCGCCGCCCCGAACACUCAUACAUCGCACGAUGCACCGCAGGGACUCGGAGAGCAGAGCCAGGCGCGUGGGAAGGUGACCCCGGACGUCCGACGCCGACCCCUCCAGGACGCCGGGCCCUCCUCCAGCUCGCUGACGGGCACCGCCCACUGUUGCCAUGACCACGUUGUGAGCCGCGCGCCCGGGAGCCAAUCGGCGCCGCCCAGCGUUGCCAUGGCCACCGUGUGUUGGGUCCGUUUUUGACCUGGCCACACUUGCUGCCCUGUCCCAAGAGCGCGAGGCAUGAACCGCAAGAAGCUACAGAAGUUGACAGACACCCUAACUAAAAAUUGCAAGCACUUUAAUAAAUUUGAAGUGAAAUGUCUCAUAAAUCUCUUUUAUCACUUGGUGGGAGGCAUAACUGAGCAGCAAGGCACAGCGAUUGGACUAGAUCGUAAUGCCUUCCAAAACAUCCUGUACAGGACAUUUGGAAUGUUGGACGACACGAUUAUGGACAGAGUAUUUCGAGCUUUUGAUAAAGACAAUGAUGGUUGUGUAAACAUAUCAGAGUGGAUUUAUGGAUUAUCACUGUUUCUUCGAGGAACUUUGGAAGAAAAAAUAAAAUAUUGCUUUGAAGUGUUUGAUUUGAAUGGUGAUGGAUUCAUUUCAAAGGAAGAAAUAUUCCACAUGUUGAAGAACAGCCUUCCCCAGCAGCCAUCUGAAGAGGACCCCGAUGAAGGAAUUAAAGAUUUGGUUGAAAUAGCACUUAAAAAAAUGGACUAUGACCAUGAUGGGAAACUGUCUUUUGCAGACUAUGAGCAAGCUGUGAGAGAGGAGACCCUUCUGCUGGAAGCUUUUGGACCAUGUCUACCUGAUCCAAAGAGCCAGAUGGAAUUUGAAGCCCAAGUAUUCAAAGAUCCAAACAAGUUCAAUUAUAUGUGAAAACCUAAAUGUCUGGCUGUCUCAAGUGAGUGAAAAAGGAGCCUGACUCAUACUAGCUGCCCGCUGUCCAUCACAGAAGACUUCAGGAAACCACUUCCCUGCCACUGGCAUUUGAGUGACUCCCACAGUUUUGCUAUUAUAAAUAAUUCCCCAAGUGAAUUAUCCUUGUAGAUAAAUCUUUUCACGUGCAUCAUUGCUUACUUACUUGGGGUAGAUUUGUAAAAGCAAAAACGUUGGAUCAGAGGCCCGCAUAAAGGUGAGAUUUCCAGCCCACAUGGCCGGGUUACCCCCCAGGCAGGCCGUGCUGAUGCAAGAGCAUGUUAAUCCCCCUCCUCAUAGUCCACAGCCUCUUAAUUUCUUUGCCAAUAUUGUGGACCAUAAUUGACCACGAUUUUAAUUUAUCAUCUAAAUAGCUAAUCUUAGAAAAGAAGAAAAAUAAUAAUAAUAAAGAACUAAUCUUACAUGCACGUCUGUACUGAAAGUUUUUAUUGUAGAUUAAAUAAAAAUUGGCUUCCAUGUGAAUAGCCCAUUUUAUUAUGUGACAUUAUUUAAAAGUAAAAAUAUAUAUAUAUAUAUUUUAAAGAAAACUCUAAGUAACGCUAAAGAUGAUGACUUGACUAUAAGAACUCACACGCCCUGUUCAAGGGCUUCCCCAUGUGUCACAGAGCACACCCCCUCUGCUGUUCCUCCUC